CCAAAAUUGAUAUCGAAGAUAUAAUAAUCAACAUACUCGGAGCAUGACUUCCACGGCUGCCGGAAACUUUUCUGGUCUUAUUGGAAAUUCAAGAUGGUCACUAGCCGGAAUGACUGCUUUGGUCACCGGAGGUACACGUGGAAUCGGCUACGCUGUGGUGGAGGAACUGGCGGCGUUAGGGGCAGAAGUGCACACCUGCUCACGUAACGAGUCUGAACUUAAUGAACGCUUACAAGAAUGGUCCAGCAAGGGCUUCACCGUCACUGGAUCCGUCUGCGACUUAUCUUCUCGUCCCCAACGGGAGCAGUUUGUGGAAAAAGUUUCCUCACUUUUUGGUGGCAAACUCAACAUCCUUAUAAACAAUGUCGGGACGAAUAUCGUGAAGCCUACUUUAGAUUAUACAGCAGAAGAGUAUUCCUUUCUCAUGUCUACCAAUUUGGAAUCUUGUUACCAUAUGUCGCAACUUGCUCAUCCUCUUUUAAAGGCUUCUGGAGUUGGAAAUAUUGUAUUCAUUUCAUCUGUUGCAGGGUUGGUCCACGCUUCCGUUGGGUCUAUUUACAGUGCCACCAAAGGUGCAAUAAAUCAGCUUACAAAAAAUUUAGCAUGUGAAUGGGCAACAGACAAGAUUCGGACAAAUUGUGUAGCACCAUGGUUCACUAAAACCUCCCUUGUUGAACAGUAUAUGCAGCUUGUUGGUCCUAAGGAGUUUGAGGAUGCUGUGGCAUCUAGAACUCCUCUGAAACGCCUUGCGGAAGCCAAUGAAGUUUCCUCUCUCGUGGCCUUCCUUUGCCUGCCUGGUGCUUCUUACAUCACUGGGCAAACCAUAGCUAUUGAUGGGGGGUUUUCGGUCAAUGCUUUCGCAUGAAUGCAACAUGCCGUCUUUAGCCUAUCAACAGUAUGAGCUAUUGUUUUUCACGAUUGAAGUGUGUAUUAUCGUUUUUUAUAUGAUCUUCUCUAUCAAGUAAAAUGAAUUGAAAUAAUAUAUCUGUGUUUCACUUU